CGGAAUGGCUCUCCAUCGCCGGAGAGAAGCACAUGAAUCAUUUGGCUGGUAAGAUCCACGUCGUGCAAACCCCGGAAGAGGGUCGACGGUUUAGCUUGGAACAAGUGGUUCUUCCUGUUCUGGGAAACGGAGCGGAGCGGUUGGUUUCCCCGGAUGGCAAAAUGAGGGAGGCGUCAGAGCGGUUGGCGCAGGAGCUUCAAAUCGAGGGUCUGAUGAAAAUGAAGGCAGCCCCGCCGGCGACGUACCGCCGUCUCGUGGUACGCCCAAGGGACUUCACGUAUUGCCUAUUCGAUGAUGAAAGGGGGUGGUGUUGGGAGAGCAACAAUGAAGCGCCUAUCCGACCGCAGCUUUGGGAAGAUCAAGAGGGUAUCAUGCGGCAGCUUUCCCCCCUUUCUGUGGCCACAGGUAAAAAUAUAAUUGCUCGAAAUGGCAUUCGUGGCGCGGAACAGCGAAGCCAUUUUCUAAAGGCUGCAAGACGUAGCGGUAUGACGUGCGUAUUGCGCAUGACCUUGCCGCGAGGAUCGGCGGUCACCUCCGCACUGCGAGAGGCGUUUCAGUUCGCCACACUUGAUCCGGGGGUCAUCUUUCACCUCCUACGGUGA